AUGGCAUUCUGGAGGAGAAAUACUCUUGUUGAGAGGGAACGCCACGUGAAAGCCAAUGCACGGGACUACAUUGACAAGUUCUCAUACGCUGACAAUCACAUCAAAACGUCAAAGUACAACAUCUUCACCUUCUUGCCCCUCAACUUGUUUGAGCAGCUGCAGAGAGUGGCCAAUGCUUACUUCAUAGUGCUGUUGAUACUGCAGCUUAUUCCAAUGAUAUCCUCCCUGUCCUGGUUCACGACCAUCGUGCCUUUGUUGCUGGUGCUGCUAAUCACAGCUGUGAAGGACGCCACAGACGACUACUUCCGACAUAAGAGCGACCAGCAAGUCAACAACCGUCAGUCUCAGGUUCUCAUCAGGGGAAGUUUGCAGAAUGAGAAAUGGAUGAACGUUCGAGUGGGGGACAUCAUCAAACUAGAGAAUAAUCAGUUUGUUGCUGCCGACAUCCUCCUCCUCUGUAGCAGUGAGCCCAAUGGACUGUGUUACAUUGAGACGGCAGAGCUAGAUGGAGAGACAAAUCUGAAAGUUCGUCAGGCCUUGACCGUCACCUCAGACUUGGGAGAUAUUUCAAAGCUGAUGGACUUUGAUGGAGAAGUUAUUUGUGAGCCACCGAACAACAGGCUGGAUAAAUUCAUCGGAACAUUAUGCUGGAGAGACAAUAAAUACCCUCUGGAUAAUGACAGGAUGCUGCUGCGAGGCUGUGUACUCAGAAACACUGAGUGCUGCUUUGGAAUGGUGAUCUUUGCUGGGCUGCAAACCAAACUGAUGCAGAACUGUGGAAGAACUAAAUUUAAGAGAACAAGUAUUGACAAACUCAUGAACACUCUGGUUCUUUGGAUCUUUGCCUUCCUCAUUUGCAUGGGAGUUAUUUUGGCCAUUGGAAACACGAUCUGGGAGAGUCGGAUAGGCAGAAGGUUCCAGGUGUUCUUGCCUUGGACGGAGUUUCAGAGCAGCGCUGUUUUUUCUGGCUUCCUCACCUUCUGGUCCUACAUCAUCAUCCUCAACACUGUUGUGCCCAUCUCACUGUAUGUCAGUGUGGAGGUCCUGCGGCUCGGUCACAGUUACUUCAUCAACUGGGACAAGAGAAUGUACCACGGUCAGACGAACACUGCAGCUGUAGCUCGCACCACCAGCCUGAACGAGGAGCUGGGCCAGGUGCAGUUCAUCUUCUCCGACAAGACCGGCACCCUCACCCAAAACAUCAUGCUGUUCAGCAAGUGCUCCAUUAAUGGACAGACGUAUGGUGAUGUUUAUGAUGAAUUUGACCAAAAGAUGGAAAAUACAGAGAAAACAGCUUGUGUGGACUUUUCCUUCAACCCUCUAUGUGACAGAAGGUUUAAGUUUUAUGACAGCAGCCUGGUGGAAGCUGUAAAACUGGAGGAUCCUGCCGUGCAGGAGUUCUUCAGGCUGCUGGCUUUGUGCCACACGGUGAUGCCAGAGGAGAAGACCGAAGGACAUCUAGUGUACCAGGCCCAGUCUCCGGAUGAGGGAGCUCUGGUCACCGCGGCACGAAACUUUGGGUUUGUCUUCCGGGCUCGAACCCCAGAGACCAUCACUCUGUGUGAGAUGGGGCGGGCCGUCACCUACCAGCUGCUGGCCAUACUGGACUUCAACAACGUGCGCAAGAGAAUGAGUGUCAUUGUGAGAAAUCCACAAGGCCAAAUUAAACUUUACUCCAAAGGAGCCGACACUGUUAUCUUCGACCGCCUGGAUCCAUCCAGUGAAGACCUCAUGUGCACAACCUCAGAGCAUCUCAGUGAAUUUGGCGGAGAAGGCCUCCGGACAUUAGCUCUGGCCUACAAAGACCUAGAUGAAAAGGAAUUUGAAGUUUGGAUGGAGAAGCUUGUGUUCGCCAGCACAGUGAUUGAGAACCGGGAGGAUCAGCUGGCGGUUCUCUACGAGGAGAUCGAGCAGGGCUUGAAGCUUCUAGGAGCCACAGCAAUAGAGGACAAGCUACAGGAAGGAGUCCCAGAAACAAUCGCCUGUCUAAAUCUGGCCGGCAUCAAGAUCUGGGUCCUCACAGGAGACAAACUAGAGACUGCGAUGAACAUCGGCUACUCCUGCAACAUGCUGCGAGACGACAUGAACGAGGUGUUUGUCAUGUCUGGCCACACUCUGCUGGAGGUGCAGCAGCAGCUCAGAAGUGCGAAGGAGCACAUCCUCGGCCUGAGUCGAGUUGGCAGUGCAGGAGACGUUGAGAAGUCGGACGUGUUUGCAGACUCUGUGUUAGAAGAAACCAUUAUAGCAGAGUACGCCUUGGUCAUCAAUGGACACAGUUUGGCUCAUGCUCUGGAGCCACAGCUGGAGCACGUCCUGUUGGACUUGGCCUGUUUGUGUAAAACCGUCAUCUGCUGCCGCGUCACUCCGAUGCAGAAAGCUCAGGUGGUGGAGCUGGUGAAGAGGCACAAGAGGGCCGUCACCCUGGCCAUAGGAGACGGAGCCAAUGACGUCAGCAUGAUCAAGACUGCUCACAUCGGUGUCGGCAUCAGUGGUCAGGAGGGGAUGCAGGCCGCUCUGGCGUCAGAUUACUCCUUCGCUCAGUUUCGGUACCUCCGGCGGCUCCUGCUGGUGCACGGACGCUGGUCCUACUUUCGCAUGUGUCAUUUCCUGUGUUACUUCUUCUACAAGAACUUUGCCUUCACGCUGGUCCACUUCUGGUACGGUUUCUUCUGUGGUUUCUCAGCUCAGACUGUGUAUGACCAGUGGUUCAUAACCCUCUUCAAUAUAAUCUACACAUCUCUGCCAGUAUUGGCAAUGGGACUUUUUGAUCAGGACGUAAACGACCACAUUAGCCUUUGCUACCCGAGCCUGUACAGACCCGGCCAACAGAACCUCCUCUUCAACAAGCGUCAGUUUUUCCUGUGCACGCUGCAUGGGAUGUGCACGUCCUUCCUGCUUUUCUUUAUUCCCUACGGAGCCUUCUCUGUCCUGGUGAAAGAGGACGGCUCCCACCUUUCUGACCAACAAGCUUUUGCUGUCACCAUAGCAACAUCCUUGGUUAUAGUCGUGAGUGUUCAGAUUGGACUUGACACACACUACUGGACAGCUGUCAAUCACUUCUUCAUAUGGGGGAGUCUGACCCUGUACUUUGUCAUUUUAUUCGCGAUGCAAAGCAACGGCAUGUUCGGCAUCUUUCCCAGUCAUUUCCCAUUCGUAGGCACGGCCAGUAACUGUCUGUCAGAGAAGAGCGUAUGGUUGGUCAUUCUGCUAACCACUGUUGUGUGUGUGGUGCCGGGGUUAGUCGUCAGCUUCCUGAGAAUAGACCUCUUCCCAACUCUAACAGAUAAGGUUCGUCACCAACAACAGUCCAGAAAGAGGCAGGGGCCUCAGGAGCACAACCUGAGGCAAAGUCGCAGGACGAGCUCCCGCCGCUCUGCUUAUGCCUUCUCCCACCAGCAGGGUUACGGAGAGCUGAUAACCUCAGGCAAGAACAUGAGGACGAGCAGGGCGUCUACCGCUCGCUCCGCUGAAAGAACACAGCACAGCUCCAACUGGAUAGAAAAUAUGUUAAAGAGAAAGAACGAAGUCUCCUGCAUCCCUGAUGAAAGCACAGAAGCCCCCGGAGAAGAGCCACAGAACGUUACAGACUCUGUAACAGCAUCAGCACACACACACUGAGCUCCACCGCCAAUGAACACUAAACUAUAGGAUACCAUAAACAAAGGGAUCCCACAGACCAAGCACAAGGUGUGAGUGAGUUUAUACUCGAAUCCAACAACUCACAUGUACCUCAUUUUGUAUCAGUGUGAGUCAUGCGGACUCUUGAAUGUGAAAGGCCAAUUUAAACAGAUACGUUUCUAAACUGUAUCGAGCAAAGCACAAUUAAUUUAUCAAAUCUGGUCUGACAACAGCAGCUUCAGAAUAAUUGAAGGCAAUGUGUUGCCAAGGUCAUCCUGCAUUAACUGAUCCUAUUUGAUCUUUAAGCAGUUGGAGUUUUUUCUAUAUUAUAUCAAUGGCACAUUUCAGCACCUUGAGAUAAACAUUUAGUUGCUAUUAACCAAAGUUGUAAUACAAAGAUAACACAAGCAAAAACAAAGUUUACUAAUAGACUUCAGUCUGUAAAGCCAUAUGCGUUGAAACUUUCACCUCAACCUACCAAGACAGAGGUUUGUGUGAAUAUAGUGAUAAGCACAAAUUAGCUACGGAUCUAAAUCUCUGGUUACAUUUUACUGACUCCAUAUUUCGCACAUUCAUACGCCAUUGAACAAACUAUGAUCUCAAAUGCUGUACGAUUCAUAAAACGUACAGCAUUUGUGGACAAGGACGUGGGAGAAUCAUUCUGAGCUGUAUUCAAUGUGCUGUGCCUUGUAUUUCUGACAUCUUCUCAAAAUCCCUCAUUAAAACAAGGUUUUCUUUCAUUGCAGUUUUUGCAUUAUCAAAUUCCAAAUAUGAUUUUUAUUUUCAAUUUGGUUCUAAUGAACAAACUAGAAUAUCACUCAGUAGAGCACAUACCCCUAUACAUGGCCCCUAAGUCUCACAUUCAGUACAGUACAGGAGAAUGUGCCUUAGACCACCGAGCCUCCACCAUCACUGUGUCACUCUAAAAAAAUGAUUGCGUGAAGAAGCUCAAGGGCGGACGAGCGUGAUCCUGUCAUCAGGACUUUUCAUUCUACAUUUCCCCAAAGGCUCACACACCAUCUUCACCAACUUCACCAUCACAACAGCUGAAGAAACAUGGCUGAGUAAUGCUGUUCCAAUGAUGCACAUGUAAAGCCUGAAAAUAUUCAUCAUGUUUAAUCUUCAUGUUUUUACAUCUUCAUGUUAACUACAUAAUGUUGAUCCCUCACAUGUUAAGAAAAGACGACUGAAUGGAUUUUAUAAAGCACAAAUUAAACAUGUUAUUGUUGUUUUAUUUGACAUCUGUUUCUCUUUAUAAGAAAACAUUCUGAUGCCAACAAUGAGACAGUGAUAGAAAAUCAUUACAAAGAGUCGAACAUUUAUGAUUUAAAAAAAGCAUUGUUCCCUAAAUUAAAAAUAUUGCACCAGU